CUCGUGCUAAAAACCGCUGUGCUUCAAAAGGACUACCGCAAUAGGGCUGUGCCUAAGCAAGGCAGUGCCUACCGUGCCUAGGCAACGUCGCAUCGAUCAAAAAUGCAUGUCACCGCCGUGCAAAUAGCGGAAUUCCUCAUCAUGGUGGUCAUCAUCAUGUCCCUGCCCAAGCUCGUCACGAGUUGAGAUGGACACGCUGGGCACGGCGCUGCAGGCCGCGGACGCCGGCGCGCGCGUCGCAGGAAUCGCCGUCGUGCGGUGGGUCGGCCCGCGCAAGGACGUGCGCACAUGGACCGGAGCGGUCGUCGCGAAGCGCGAGUGCGAGGUCGUCGACGCGACGCUGCAGCCGACGACGCUGGCCGUCUGGGGCUACGACAAGGUGGUGGAACUCGGAAAAUUGCUGAAUGAAGUGAUAAGCUAUACGGGCCGGGCCUCGGACUGGCGCGGCCGGUCGCUCAACGCGGACAAGAUUGAGAGGGUCCGAUGCGACGAACUGAAGCGGCGCUUCUUCGCGCCGGGUCUUCAAGCGUAUUUGUCGACGAAAUCCUGCGAAGCGCGGGACGCCUACUCGGUCACCUCCGCAUUACCGCGCGAUUCUUCCAUCGGCGCCGACGCUUUGUACCGGUCGUCCGCCUUCGUCGCGACCUACACCCAAGCCUUGCCCAAGGCGCACGUCCUCUCCCGGAAUCCGUCUCCGUUGAAACUCGCCGAGGCGAUCUGGGGCGACGUCAGUAAAAGAAGGCGUCUGCGCGUCCGCCUCAAGAAGCACGCCUGGCCCUUAUUGGCCAAGCUCGCGCGGAACUACUCGUCCCCGCGCAUCGGCGAGAUCUAUAAGAAGACUAUUUCGGCAGAGGAGGUGGUCGACGCGACGUGCGCUGCGCGCUUCGUCGUCGGCGCCUGCCGGCCGAUCGUCCCACGCGCGUUCUUCGGCAGCAAGCGCAACGAGCGCCGCUACUACCGCGCCAUCGACGCGUUCCUCCGAGCGGGCGACGUCGGCGGCCGGAUAAAUGGAAGGCGGCUCCGCGAGGUGCUCGCCGAGUCCCACAUUACGUGGACCCACGCCGAUCGAGCGCGGCGGCCCGCGUCGGAUUUGCGGGCGGCGCGCGAGCUCCUCGAGACCUUCUGUCUUUGGGUGCUGACGGACCUCGCGUUACCGCUGCUCAGGGCGCGCCUCGCGGCCUUUCCCUCGGUAGCCGGAGUCCCGGAGUACCGUUCCAGAGUCGCGUGGUACGCCGCCGAAGCGAACGCUCUCGAGGGGUCGGAGCACCUGCAGCGGGUCCCGCGGGAGGCGCCGCGGCCGCCGCGCAGCGCGAAGGUCCGCGGCGUGCCGAAGCCGGCGGGCGGCGUGCGGUUGAUCCAGGCGCUCGGGCGGCGCGGUGCCGGGCAGCGAGCGCCGGGAGCGGCGUGCCUGCACGACGCGGUGCUCGCGCUGAGGGUCGAAGGCCUGUGUGGAAAUCAAAUGUCGCGGCGCUUCUCCGCUUACGGCUGAAUCUAAACUUCCACGCCAUCGACGCGACGCCUGCUCGAUGGCGUGCACGCGACACACUGGUUGAUUUCCACACAGGUCGAGGCGCGGCGGCGGCCCGAGCUGUUGGGCUGCGCGGGCGGCGGGGCCGACGCGCUCUGGCGCGCGCUGCGCCAGGCCCGGGAUCGGAACUACGAGGGCUUGGCGCUGGACGCGUCCGGUUGCUUCGACCGCAUGGACCAGCGGCGCCUUGUCGACAUCUGCGCCGCCGCGCUGGCGCACGACUCGUACCGGAUCCACGGCGGCCGGCGCGCGUCGAUUGAUGAUAGCAAAGGCGGCCUGCACGCGCGGCGGACGCGUCUGGUGACGCGGGCGACGCUCGUCGGCGCGCUCCAGGCGCACUGUUUAGAUCAUCACACGGUCGCGAAAUGCCGGGGCCGGCCGCGGUUCUACAAGCAGGUCGUCGGCGUGCCGCAGGGGUCGUGCGCGUCUUCACUCCUAUGCGACCUGUACUACGGCGCCUUUGAGCGCGACUGCCUCGGGCGGUUCCUGCAGUCGUCGUGCGUCGCGUGCCGCGUGGUCGACGACACGCUCGUGCUGGGCGAGGACGUCGGCGGCUUCCUCGACGCCUACGCCGAGGCGGGCCCGCGGCGCAACAUCCUGGUCACGGCGGCCAAGACCCACGCGACCGUGCCGCACCCGCUGCUCGCCGCGGCGCCGGCGCCCAGGUUGCGGUUCCUGGGCCUCGACGUCGACGCGGCGACGGGCCGCGCGCGCCGUGCGCCCAGCGCCCAGCGCCGGCGGAGGCUUGCGGCGCGGCUCGGGCGGCCGUCGCCGAGAGCGGCGAACGUCGCGGGGCGCGUGCGGGCUGCCCUUCGCGCGCGGGCGGCUCCUCUACUUUUGGACGCGGAGCUGCAGACGUUGGACGGCGCGCGCGAGAACCUGCGCGAUCUGUUUACGGCCGCGGCGGUCGCCGCCGACUCCGCGGUUCGCGCGCUGCGGCCUUCGUCCGCAGAACGGCUCCGGUCCGACUUGCGCGGCGCCGUCGGCGCGGCCUUUGCUGGGUAUCUUAGGGCUCGGCGAAAGGCGAAUCUGGUCGCGUCAAAACCGCGGCUGAGCAGGCACGACUUCGUGUCCGCCGCGCGGACGGCGUUUUCUUCUUCGGAGGCGCUGCGGCCGUUCCUUGGUGGGGAGUGGUGGGAGGAGUAA